CAAGCACCGCACAGCUCAUCAUCUGGAGCCUCCUACACUGUACUUGACCCCCCUUGCCCACUGCCACAAGCGUGAUAGCUGGAUUGCGACCUGUCUUUGGACGGAUGGAACAUGCUGAGUCGCAACGCAACCUGGAAGCGGGGAAUAGGAAGAUAGGCAAUAGGAAGAUAGCUUUCACCGACAAGAGCGCGAAGAACACACAGCACUGCCAAUGUCCUCGAAACCAGCCACCGGCAGUGAGGCGUGGUUGGCACAGUUGCCCGGCGAGCUUCGACCCGCCGGUCUGACCGGCCGCACUGUCGGCACAGCCGCGGGGGCGUCGGACAAGAAGACAGGUCGCAAUCCAGCUAUCACGCUUGUGGCAGUGGGCAAGGGGGGUCAAGUACAGUGUAGGAGGCUCCAGAUGAUGAGCUGUGCGGUGCUUGUGAAGGAUCGAAAUCGGCGGGCUUCGAAGUCUAAGCUUGAGUCUAAGGCAGCCUCAUGACCGACACGAACCGUGUCAGUUUCGGUCACCGCAACAUCAGUCUGAAUUCGCCGUGUAAUCACCUAUAUGCCACCCUCACCUUGCCCUCCUCUCGCCCUGCCGCAAUUCUUCCUGUCUUUCAUUCAUGCUCCUUAAAAGGGGAUGCGUCAGGUGCUGUUGUGGGGACGCAGUAUGGCAGAGUUCCGAGAAGAAGUCAGUCGGCUGGCACCCUGGUCGGCUGGUUGGCCACCCAGUACCUGCGUAACGAGGCGUCGUUCAUGGGGGUGGCGCAGUUCAGCCCCUGGGCGAUGCUGUACGUGCGGGCGCUGCACGGGCUGGAGCCACACGAGGCGCUGGUGGUGGACUUGGGCGAGUCAUUGGGACUUUGGGAGGUGGUGGUGCAGUUUAGCCCCGACGCCACCCCCAUCAGCACCUAUAUGGUGGCCACGGCGGCUUGGGAGCAGGCGAAGCAGGCGGCGCAGCCUGUGCCGGCGCAGUGGGUGUCGGCUGACAGCAUGCAGCAGGCAGCCAAGGCGGCGGCGGCCGAGGAGAAGGCGGCGGCCACGGCGGCGGACCUUGAAAAGUUCCGCGAGUUCCGCUGCUCCUGGAGGCGGCCCACCAAGGAGCAGCGGGCAGCCAAGGCGGCGGCGGCCGAGGAGAAGGCGGCGGCCAAGGCGGCAGCCAAGGAGGCGGCGGCCGAGGAGAAGGCGGCGGCCAAGGCGGCGGCCAGGGCGUUCAGGCAGCGGCAGGCGGCGUUCCUGGAGGCCUUCAGGCAGCAGCAGGCGGGGGAGAAGGCGGUCAAGCGGCAGAGGCGUUGAAGGGGGUCCAGUGCGCGGGUGCGGGGGGGCCUUGGGCAAGCGGCAAAUUCACGGCUGUAAUCUUCAGGGGGUCUCCUACUGCUAUUGCUGCUGCUGCCAUGAUCGAUGAAAAGGCAGGAUCCUUGCACCGUGCUGGACUGCCAGCCGCCAGUGCCGGGUGAGGUGAUCCUGCCGAGCGUUGCCUGUGUGGUCUUCCGCAGUCUUACUGCUCAGCCUCUCUGGCCGCUACUGGCCGUACCGUCGCCUGUGCUUUCAAUACCUGCUAUACGGUACCUAGUUGGCGGCUGACUUGGCAAUGCCGCGAGGUUUUCCCCGGGGCGUGGCGCGGCGUGGCCAAGCAGCCGACCAGGGGUGCCAGCCGGUUGACUCCUUCUUGGGACUCUGCUGUACUGCGUCCCCACAACAGCACCUGACGCAUCCACUUUUGCAGAGCAAGAAUGAAAGACAGGAAGAAGGGAGUUGCGGCAGGGCGAGAGGAGGGCGAGGUGAGGGUGACAUGUAGGUGAUUGCACGACGAAGUCAGGCUGAUGUUACAACUGGCACGCGGUUCGUGUCAUCAGGCUGCCUUAGACUUCAAAGCCCGCCAACUUCGAUCCUUCACAAGCACCGCACAGCCCAUCAUCUGGAGCCUCCUACACUGUACUUGACCCCCUUGCCCACUGCCACAAGCGUGGUAGCUGGAUUACAACCUGUCUUUGGACGGAUGGAACAUGCUGAGUCGCAACAUGGAAGCGGGGAAGCGGGGCAAAUUCACGGCUGUAACAUCACAUGGCC